AUGGAUCUUCUCCCUGAAGGGCAAAGAAACACAACCGAAGUGUUGUGGGAAGACCAGCAGAAAAUAAACAAGUUUUCGACCCUCAUUGGCAAGAAAGACGAACAGCUUGCUGUGUUAGAAAAGCUCAAGACUGAAAAGGAGUAUCUUGACGAUUUGGCAUUAGAAAUCGAAUUGCUCGAUGAAGACGAAAAGAUUCAAUACAAAGUCGGCGAGGUAUUCAUAUAUAUGAAGGUGUCCAAAGCGGUCGAGAAAGUGGAAUUGGAAAACGAAAAGUUGACCGACAAGAUCAGUGAAACCAGCAAUUUGAUAGACUCUUACGACGAGAGUUUGGACGACUUGAAAAAACAGCUCUAUGCCAAGUUUGGUAACAAUAUCAAUUUGGAACGAUAG